UUUUCCGAUGAUUGUUUGUCAUUCCAGAAAAUUUCAAACACAAAAAGAAUGUGUCCACGUAGGAACAUCGGAACAAGAAUAUGCAACAAAAGUAGGGAGAAGAGAGAGAAAAAGAGACUGUGUGUGGUGUGAGAUCCAAACUUGCUUUCAUGGUUAUGGCCACCGUGUGUUGUCGCUGCUUAAUUCUCGCCAUUUCGCCAAUGUCGCUUUUCCGAAGCAGAAAUUGAACCUUCGUGUGAUAGGUGGUUUUGUGGCUCACAACUUGGUCUGAAAUACUCAUCAGUUUGUCAUGGACUAUUGGCCCUUCUAAAGAGUUGAAGAUUGAUUGGUUUGUAUAUGCACAGCUAGACAAACUUAGAAAAAGCGGGUAUUUUAUGUUUUGUUGUCGAUGAAUGCAUUGAUUCUGUGUUUAAUUGCUAGAAGAUGAGAUCCUCCUCUCUUCAGUUGUGAGAGACUGUACAUGAUUUCUUGCUGCCGUUCAGUAUCCUUAAAUAUAUGUCCUUUGUUUUGUUUAUCUUUGAUAUGGUAUUUGACCGUUGAGAAUAGAGAACUAGGGUGUCAGUAGAAAGAAGGAAUUAGACACGAAUUUGUUGGUUAGUCAGAUGUUUACACUUUUGGCUUGUUACUAUACCGGCACUAUGAAAAGAGUUAGUUACGAGAGACGAUGAGAAAAGGGCACUAUAUAAGACAGGAACCAUGUUAGGUACCAAUAUUGGUAAGGAUCCUAGCAUGUUUCCUCAACAUGCCCAACAAGAUCUAUCUGCUAGUGUUUCAAGUACAGGGCAUCAUGUGCAAAAUAAUAUCACUAUGGAGGCAGGGGAAGAAUUUUACGUGAAUGUUGGUCGUGAUGGAAUUGCUGCUGGAAGGGUUCUUGUUUCACCAGAUAUACCACGAAAUCAUGAGAAUGUGUUUGGUUUGACUAGAGAGAAUGGCAAUGUGAGAUAUGAAGAUCUUACUAACAUUUUGGGGCUGAGGAGAAUGAACUCUGAGAAUUCUUCUGAUAUAUCUGACUUUUUAUCUUUAAAACAGUCAGUACAGGAGAUGGAAAAUGGAGCUUCUGUAAACAUUUCAAACAAAAUUCAAAAGGGUGAUGGUAUGUUGAGGAAGGCUGUUCAAGAACCAGUGGGUGACCAGUCUGGUCUCGCAGUUGUAUCACCACUUUGUAGAUAUGAAGCUUCUCAGUCCAAUGGAUUUUCUGGUUCAGGAGUCGUAGAUGAUUUUCUGUCUGGGAAAAUGAAGUUUCUGUGCAGUUUUGGUGGAAAAAUAUUACCAAGACCCAGUGAUGGGAAACUCAGAUAUGUAGGCGGAGAGACCCACAUCAUAUCUAUCCAAAAGGAUAUGGCGUGGCAAGAGCUUAUGCAGAAGACCUUGGGCAUUUGCAAUCAACCUCACACAAUAAAGUACCAGCUUCCAGGAGAGGAUCUUGAUGCUCUAAUAUCUGUUUCCUCUGAGGAAGAUCUUCAAAAUAUGAAAGAGGAAUACCAUGGGCUUGAAAGGCAUGAACGUUCUCAAAAACUUAGAAUUUUUUUAGUUCCUUUGGGUGAAUCCGAAGAGACAUCAUCAACAGAGGUGAAUGCUGUUCAACAGAGUGAUCCUGAUUACCAAUAUGUUGUUGCUGUAAAUGGUAUGGGAGACUCUACUAGAACAAACAUCGGUGGGCAAAAUUUGACAAAUGCAUCCAGUCAGUUGGGAGCAGAUUUGAACUUUACUCCAGUUCUUCCAAAAACUCCAAAUGCUUCUCCAGAUGGUCUUUUUAAUGAUUCCCUGAAUGUGCAAAGGCCCUUGUCAAUUCCUCCCGCUCCAAUUCCGAUAUCAGGUUCUAACACAGGUUAUAUACAAUUACUGGGUGACCACUCAUGUCAGGGAAGCAUUGAGAGCAAUGCAUCAUAUGCUCAGCUAUAUCCUGAGUGCUCUAAUAUAAGCACUGCUGGUUGCAUAUAUCCUCAGCACGUGAGUGACACUUGUCCUUAUCAGCAUGGUGAUGUUAGUCAGCCCACGAAGCUCAAUGGAGGUCCUAGCAAGGAAUUAGUGACUCCUGUUUAUGUUAAUCCCAGAGAUGAAUUUUUUGGUGGAAGGUCCUUGCAAAGGGAAAGGGUCUUCUCUAAAACUCCUCUUUCAUUGUUGGAUGAUGUAAUUUGUCGACAGGGUGAAUCUUAUGGAAUUACAGACUCCCCUCAUGGGAUGCCCCAUGCCUUUUCUGAUCCACAGUUGCUACGAAGUGGAGCAAAGUCUGGUUACUGCUCCCAAAAUGGAAAUGGUCAAUCUUUCUCCCUGAACCUUGAAAAGGGUCAAAUAUCUUCAUUGUUAAUCCCUAGUGUCUCACGGGUGAAAGUCACGGAGCAUCCACAUGAUUCUUUUGUCCAUCAUCCUCAAAUACAAAGUACGACACCAGAAGGAGAGUCAGCCCAGGCACCCAAAAGGCAAGAUUUGACAUCUUCUCCAUACUAUGAAUCCAUGGGAAUGAAUAAUCUUGUUCACAUGGAUAACACAUUAGCUGAAAAAAAGAACUCAAUUGCUCAAACUGACUUGGGUAUACCCAGCUACGAUGCAAAGGAUGUUCAGGAAAAUUCUGUGAAUUUAGAAAGGAUGAAGAUAGUUGAACAAAAGAAUUUUAUUCCCAAGGAUAGCAAGGUUCAGCAGGGGAAAUCAACUGCCAUUGACAAGGGAUUUGUGACUGAGUUGCAUCUCUUGAACUCCUUCCCUGCUAAUAACUUAAAUGCUAAUAUUAACAUGCAAAAGAAUUGGGAUCUACCUUUUGAGGGUAUUGUCCCUAUUCCAUCAGACACGAUGGAUCUCUCCUUAAAUAAUUUUUUGGAAAAGACCAUAUGUGAUUCUAACAUGAGCCAAAGGACUAGUGAGCACAAAAUCAACGCUUUGGCUAAAGGUCUGAAUGGUGUACAAGGGUUUGAUUUUUCAUUGACCAGAAAUUUUGAAUUAAAUGCUCCAAUAUUAAAUUCUGAAGUAGGUUCCAGUGAUAAAAGUUCCCGAGGAGGUUAUACUAAUAAGCUGUCCAUUCAUCCAGCUUCUCAUAAAGCUGCACAAAUCCAUCCUUCGAAGAAUCAGAUGGAUGUAGCUUUUGAAGAAAAUCCUACAGCAAGCUAUGGAAGUUUGUAUCCUGCUGCAUUUUGUGAUGAUCUUGGUCCAAGUGUAAACAUGCCUAUGAAUGGCCCUGAUAUAUCAGGCACUAUUAUGUCACUUAAAAAGGCACCACCUUUCCUUGAUGACUUCAUUACCAGCACUGGUCAAGUGGUGGAUCAGUUUAUCCCCAAACAGUAUGCCUCUGGAAUGUCAAAUGUUGAAGAUAAAGUUUCAGAACAACAAAAUUUUUUAGAAGGCUACACUGAUGUGAAUCAAGUGGAGACGUUCAAUGUAACAGACAUGACUCGUGUUGUUAAUCCUUAUAUUUCUAGUGAUAUUGGAAGUGUUGUAUCCCUAUCUCAUACAGAAGUUGGGAGCAUCAUCCCUGGGUUUGAGCCUGAGGAUUUUAAUGAAGACAAAAAUGAAUUCUUUUCUGAUGCAAUGAUAGCAGAAAUGGAGGCUAGCAUUUAUGGUUUACAGAUAAUAAGGAAUGCUGAUCUUGAAGAACUUACAGAGUUGGGUUCUGGUACUUAUGGCACUGUUUAUCAUGGAAAAUGGCGGGGAACAGAUAUUGCUAUAAAGAGAAUUAAAAAGAGUUGCUUUGUUGGAAGGUCUUCUGAGCAAGAACGGUUGGCAAAAGAUUUUUGGAGAGAAGCACAAAUCCUUUCAAAUCUUCAUCAUCCCAAUGUGGUUGCAUUUUAUGGAAUAGUACCGGAUGGGGCGGAAGGAACCUUAGCAACUGUAACAGAAUACAUGGUUAAUGGUUCCCUUAGGCAUGUCCUUGUAAAGAACAAUAGAUUACUUGAUCGCCGUAAAAAGCUAAUAAUUGCCAUGGAUGCCGCUUUCGGUAUGGAAUAUUUGCACUCAAAAAAUAUUGUCCAUUUUGAUUUGAAAUGUGACAAUUUGCUUGUGAAUCUAAGGGAUCCACAACGACCAAUAUGCAAGGUUGGAGAUUUUGGAUUAUCAAGAAUUAAACGCAAUACCCUUGUAUCUGGAGGUGUGCGAGGAACCCUUCCAUGGAUGGCACCGGAGCUGUUGAAUGGGAAUAGCAGUCGUGUUUCUGAAAAGGUUGACGUUUUCUCAUUUGGCAUCUCAAUGUGGGAGUUAUUAACAGGAGAGGAACCUUAUGCAGAUAUGCAUUGUGGCGCCAUUAUUGGGGGUAUUGUAAAGAACACUCUGAGGCCUCCUGUGCCUGAACGGUGUGAUUCUGAAUGGAGGAAGCUUAUGGAAGAGUGUUGGUCACCUGACCCUGAAAGCCGGCCAUCAUUCACAGAGAUAACCAGCAGGUUAAGAUCCAUGUCUCUACUCCUUCAAACAAAAGGGUUAAGACCCUUCUGAAAGAUCCCACAUUUUCUGCGGAUAUGUAUCACGGUGUGCAGCAUUUUCAUUGUACAGUAAUGUGUUUAUAGCAGUCAAGAUUGGGUUAUCACAACAUUUACCUAUUGUUUUAUUAGCUACAAUUUCUUCAUUUCUUUAUUCUUUUUUGUAAAAAUCUGAGCUUAAGAUCAUGGUAUAGUAGUCAUUUAGAUCUAUGGAAUUUUGUACUUAGUGCAUCACUGAAUAUUUUGCAGAAGAUAUAUCAAAAUAGGAAAGAAAAGGUGUCCUGGUGUGUAUACAACCAACAGUGCUUGUAAUAUUUGUUUUGAUUGCUGAUGUGAGAAUGUAUUUUGCA